AUGCGUUCGUACCCAUUGGUCGCUGCGGCCAUAGUCUUGUUAGCUUGCAAGCGGAAGUUAAGUUGCUUGACCUCGUCCCUCAAAACGCCAUUCUCAGUCUCAAGGUCAGUAUUCCUGGUGCGUGCCGCACGCAGUUGUACCUCGGCAUCACCCAGCUUGCGCUUAUCCACGCCGCUGGGUGACCCCCCUGAAGACGCCUGCUCGCGGACGAGCUGUGUGGCGAACAUGUCCCGUUCUUCAGUAACCUUCUUGAGGUUUUGCAAGUGGUUUCGACGCAGGGAGGACAUUUCCAGCCGGAGAGUUGCCAUUUCUUCGCGGAGCUUGCUCAUUUCGGGAGAUUCUUCGCUGCUAGCUUCGUCAGUGGGCUUCGGGUCGUCGGAGACGACUGAGAUGGGUGGGGGGGUGGGUUCCGGAGCGCGCGAGCGGCGAGUGCGCCGAGCGGCUUGCGCGGCUUUGAUCUUGUCCAGGUCACUUAAGUCAGCUUUGGGAGCGAUUUCGGUAGGCUCCGAGGAACCGGUUUGUAGGUUGGACGGGAUAACUUCGGCCAUUUGGAAAAAGUUGAGAAGAAUAGCAAACCGAUGGUUCAACAAACUGUUUUGGAAUUGCGGCCUUUUAACAGAGGGAGGAAGUGACACAACGAACAAUACCGCAUGUACGUAUAUUGGUCCCGAAGACGGCUACGGUGCCAGCACUACUAUAGUGCUGCGUGUUCUGUAG